AUGGACGCCUUUCCUGGCGCUGUAAUGCAGGCCUUUGCGCACCUGUGGAACCAACACCCCGAAGUAGCAGCUGGUAUCUACGCUGCAGGUGCCGUUGCUGCUGCUGUGCCGCAUUACAUACCAAACUUUGAGCAGGCCAAGGUUUGGUAUCAGAAACCCAGGCCUUCUACAAGUCGCGUUGCAAAACCCGCCCAUACCAUCGAAAACGCAGCCGACAUCGUGGAAUCGAUAGUUACCAAAGUUCGCCGUCCUAACAUUAUCACCGUCACAAGUUCUGUCUCACCGGCCUGCAACACACCCUCCACUGUCGAACAGCAAGCCAAAGUUGAAGUGUUGGACACUUCCUCGUCUUCCGAGUCAUUCCAGGACAUCUCCGAAUCUGUCAAGGAAAGCUCUGCUCGUUCGAAAGCGAGUCGCUCAUCGCAACUCUCCUCGGCUCGUAGUACUCCGCGAGAUGCAUUGCCGGAGAUAUCUAGCAAGAGUCCAGAGCGUUCACUAGCGAAGACUACGAGUACUCCUCCUGAGGAGAGCAAUCCUGUUCACGAGUUACCAUCAGUAUUGGGCACGACCUCUUCCAAUGUUACAAAUACAGGCUUCAAAGCCCGGAUGAGUAGGCUUCUACACGGCUCGCGAUCCUCCGCGGCAUUGAAAGAAUCGACCAUCAGCGAUACACCCAGAGACGUCACAUCGACUGGAUCCCCCACCGUUGGCAAGGUGUCUUCUUGGACCACGUCUCCAGUUGUGGUUGAACAAUUACCGGUUUCCUCAGAGUCGUUCGAUAAGAUCAUAGACUAUUCGUUUGAAACCAUCACCAUUCCGCAGAGAUCAAAGACAGUUUCCAGUGCUCCUCUAUCUAGCACUGCGAGCAUCGACUCUGGCCUCAAAGAACAUAAGUCAGCCUUUACACAUUAUAGGCAACAUGCGGCUAGCAAAAGCACCCGGAGCACUAUCUCUAAGACAACAAAGCAUAAGCCAGCCUUUACACAUUACAGACAAAAGGCGGCUAGGAAAUCAUUCCAAGACUCGUCGUCAUGUAAGACACUUCCCAGUGCACCUGUGUCCAGCACCAAGGACAGCGCCGUUACGCCGAGAGAACGCAAGCCAGCCUUUACACCUUAUAGACAAAAGCCGGCUAGCAAACCACUUCGAGAUUCGCCGUCAUUCGCCAAAUCCCAACUCUCACGCUGGACUGACUUUGGACGAGCGAUUCACGAGAAUUACGUCGCACAGCAAGCAGAUCAAAAGCCGACCAAGCCGUCCUACUACAGUAGCCCUAUCACUAUGGCGGAUAUCAUGGUGGGAUAUGUGCCAUCCAUUCUGUUCGCCGUAUGCGACCAUAUGUAUAAGGAUGACCCGGACAUUCAGGAAAUGGUGGCAUUUAUGGUGCGCAAUGCGUAUAUGUUUGUCGUUGGAUAUCUCGCCUACGCGGAAUUCCGCUUGCCAACAUUGCCAUACUCCAAACCUGUAGCAUACGCACGCAGCAUCGGAUCCGUAUCCUACAACUCGUGGCAGAAAGCAGUAGCCAACUUCCUGGGAAAGCAGCAAGCCGAUCACUUCAUCAUAGACCGGGCGUUGUACGCCACCCUCGUCGGUAUCGCGAUCUAUUUCCUUCUUUUCGCCGGGCGAAGGACCCGCGAAGUUGUUCACCACGAAGAAGAUGAAAGCGAUUCAAGCGAGGAUGAAGACAUGUCUGAGACCCAGGAUCUGUCCGCCAACGCACCUGCUGUCAUCCCGCACCGCAAAGAGACAUUAAUUCGUUGUUGCAUCGCCUUCAUUGUUAUGAUAACUGUCAUCUGGCUCAGUGUCUACGUCCAGGACUUGGCUGUUAUCUUGGCCAGUGUGCCAGCGGUACACGUCCUUUCAAUCUAUGACGAAGAGGCGCGCGACGCCAUCUUCACCAUCUUGAACCUCGUGGUUGGCGGCUCAUACCGAUCGGUCAUCGCCGCACGAACCUGGAUACGAUACUACGCUGUGGUUGCAGUAGUAGUAUACCUCCUUAUCCACAUAGACCAGCCAUCUUCGUGCGCUGAUAGACUUAUCAGAGGUGGCGUUGCCCCACCCUUCAGUCAUGUUGCUGUCGUGCUCAAGCUUGUGGGCCUCUCCUAUGUCGACUCCCUCGUGCACGGCACCAUCGAAGUGUCUCGGAUCUGCAUAGCGAAACUCCGGGUUGUAAAAGCUUGGGCUCGGUACAAGUUCUGGCUCAUCGUCAGAGGUUGCGCUGUCUUCCCGUGGCACCCAAACACUGUCGGCGAGUGUCUUCGCUGGGUUCUCGCGACAACUACACUCGGUCCCCGGACAGUAUAUGGGUUGCUACCAGUAUGGGCUGGCCCAGUCGUGAUGAUGUUCGUGCUCUGGGCAUUGACGUAUGCAUUCAUACCAUUGUUUCAGUCUCUUUUCACGGCGAUCUGGCACACCAUACAGCCUUGGACUGAAAAGACGUCGGACGCAGCUGCUUAUACAGUGAAGGAAUUUACUACUAGCACUGCGUCUAUCCCAGCCCCAGUCAAGGGGUCGACGUCAUGGACUGCUGGAACCACGACAGCUUUACGGAAUUGGGUUACGCCUUCUCGCAAGCUCACUCCAACUUCGCGGGAACGCGCAACGAGCUCUUAUGUGUACACUGCUACCUCGACGGAGAGGGCUACAAGCUCUCGUAUACCCACUACCCUCUCGUCGGCAUGGGCUACCAAGUCCAUUAGGAAUGCUACCUCCAGUCUCAUCACAAACACCCAGAAAACGACUUCUUCAGCAAUCGAAAAGCUCUCGACGAACCUGAGCUUGUUGUACCGGGCACAAAUCAAGCCGAUCGUAUCUUCUGCGGGUGUGCGCUGCCUCAACAAUUGGUGCCAAGGCCUAGCUUACCAUUGGGUAUGGCGUGCGACAACCAUCAUCGCAUUUACCAGUGUAUGUACCUUAGGCUGGAUCAUGGCCGCUCAAGCAUAUCCGGCACACAAAGUCCGGACGUCGUUUACAUUCGCAACUAGUUUCAUGAUAAUGUACGUCCUGGGCACAAACGGGGUUCUGGCUUGCACCCAGGACUACGGCAUUAUCUUUGCGACUGUUCUUGUCAUACUUCUACUUCUAGCCUACUGGCGGCCGGAUCCGAUCGUGGCCCGAGAUUCUCCCGAUGAACCGCUUCCUAAUCUGCUUGAUAAAGUUGUGGCUCCUGGCUCUGCACCGCCAAGCCCUCCCCCAGCACAAAUUCCCAUCCCUACCAAUGACGUCGGAGAGUCAGAGUUAAGAAACCCCUUAAUUGGAGAGCCUGAUACUCCCAAUCCGCCGCCAGACGCACAGCCGGAGCAAGCGCCUCAGCUACCCAGCAACAGUCAACCAGUUGAUCUUUUGGAUGAGGACUUAUCAGGGCUGCCAGACGAAGUAGACGCGUUGCCCACUCAACAACAGGCUUCGCCUAUACAGACUCCCGCGGGAACGCCAACACGAGAGCAAUCGAUUGAGACUCCGGAUCAGGCUCAGGCUCAUACUGAGACGCCCACCGCAGAUGCAUGGACACAGACAACCGCAUCUCUUCCUUGGCCACAGCGCUGGAUGGCUUGGCUCUUCGACAGUGAAGCGGCGCGUACGGCAAGAGAAGAUGCUAUCGAGGCAGCCCGGGCUGCUGCUGAGCAGGAGCACAAAGACUUCCUAGAGCAAUCUGGCCUGGCGGGCGGUGUAGAGCAUGAGGAGACCCAAUCGUCAAACGACGCCAGCGAAAGUCCAGCUGCGGAUUCUUCGAUGACAUCUCAGCCUACAGAGACUGAGCGAGAACACCCGGCUGCCGUUGAAGCUGAGAAACCCGAGGAAGCAAUGGCAGCUAUCCCGUCAGAGACGACAACUGAAGCUAUUCCAGCCCCUACGGCUGAGGUACCAGCGAUACCAGUGGUUGCUAAUACAUCGGCAUCUGUGCGUACCCUCACACCAGCUGCCAUGUUCAAACGUAAUCCUCUGUUCGAGCCUACUACGCCGGCCACGACUACUCCCUCUACUAUCGCUACUCCUGCGACACCAGCCAUUUCCUCCGAUUCUCUGAUUGUACCUACUCCCGUCACAACACCUACUGAUGUACCGAAGGCUGCCACAGACACCACUGAGCCGGAGCCAACGCUCGACAUCACGUUUGAUCUUCCUUCCAUCGUAGUCAACCCGCCAGAGUCUGAGACACAAGGAGAAUACACACCCAUGACAUUUGUUCCCAUUGAGAUGACGGAACUCGCUACACCCGCCAAGCACACGCCUCUCAAGGAUGCUGCUUCGGAGCCCGUCAAUGAACCAGAUCACCAAGCUCCAGCCGCUGGUUCAGCGCAAGAUCAGCAAGAGGAAGAUACACAAGACGAUGAGCAUGAUAGUGUACAAGAAAGCGACGAAGAGGAAGAGGAAGACGAAGACGAAGAAGAGUUCGAUUUCGGUGGGAGUCCCACAAUGGGAACACCAGCUCCGCUACAGCCAGCGAGUCCUAUAGAUACCGAGAUUGCUGCAGCGCUUGAGAGGCAACGCGAGGAGGUGCGAAGAGAGGCUGAGCAGAAGAAGGCGUUGACUCUUAAGGAGGUUGUUUCUGGUGGAGCACCCGCGCCUGGUGAUGGCGAUGACAACGAUAAUGGCAACCGUGAUGAGGAAGCUGACAAUGAUUCGGGCAAUGUGCCGAUACCUGGCGCCCCAAAGCAUGCCACUCCUGAACCCGACAAGGAACCCUCUUCGACAACAGAUGUGCCAAUGGAAGGCAUGGAGAAUGACGCUGCAGCAGCUACGACCACGGCCAGCGCCAACGAAACUGUCCCCGACUUACUCUCGCAACAAGCUCCCGGCACAGCAAAUAGUCGCUCUUGGGCCCCUUUCAGCUCGCUUCCUUCCAGCAGGACUGAGCCGCCUAUGUUCACAGAAGAGGAACUCAAGACGCAUUUCGCCCUUCCUGCUAUCUACAAUCGGCCUGCCGCUCGACCCACAGACCCAAAACAUCCAGACUCCGCAGAACAGUGGCGCAACAGGCUGCUGGGAGGUCCUAGUAUGUUGACCAUAAUGAGACGAGAGCGUGAAGCUGCGGCUCGAAGAGCUGGUGGUGACGGUGAAGAUCCGCCGCCUGGCCCUGGUGGUCCUUUCGGUGGAAAUGGCGACGGUAGUAAUGGAGGUGGAGGUGGAGGUGGCAGUGACGACAUACCCUCUCCUUUCGAUCCAUCGAGCGGUAGUGGAAGCGCGAACCCUCCAUCGCCGUCGGGUUCGGCUGGCUCAGGACCUAUGGAGGGGAUCGACGAGUCUUCUUCGAGCGAUGAGGGGCAUCAUGGUGAGAGCGAUCCUCAUAGUCAUAACAAUGGUGACGGUCAGACUUUGGACAAUCAAGCUGACACCAACGAUCAGAUGGAUAAUGGCACCGACGGUAACGAGAGUGGUGGCGAUAAUGACGGCGAUUCAUCCGCACAGCCUGAAGCUUCCAACCUCGCUGACAUUCCUAUGACUACUACACCCGCGGCCUUGGAUACGACUAUUGCGCCCGAAAACGAUGGAGACGUUGAUAUGUCCGAUUUGUACAACACCGAUUUGGACGACACUAAUUUGGAGCAUACCAAUAUGGACGAUAUCAAUAUGGACAACAUCAAUCUGGACAACGUCAACUUGGACGGCAUCGAUUUCGACAAGAUCGCCAACUCUGGUUUCGACAAUGAGCAAACGCUAACCACCACCGCUGAUGACAUGAGGAGACAGCUGAUGCUUCUCGAGGGACUCGAACAACACAGCGGAAUACCAACAAGUCUGUAUCUGUCUCCUGAGGAUGAGCAAUACGGCGAAAAGGCAGAACAAAACAUAUUCGCUGAUAUUGAUGCGUAUGAGGCGCAGAAUGGGCCUAUCAAGACUUCACCACCCAUGUCUGAACCUCAACAAUACCCGACAGACGGGGAAAGUUUUGACCAUCUUCUCGGAAACGCCGGCAAUGAAUAUUCUUUACCGACCCAGCAGCCAUCGGUGAUUGUUCCUGAGCCUCCUAAGGAUGCGCCAGAUGCGUUUAUCCCAUUCCCGAGCGCGAACUGGAAUGCGGAAUUUGGGGAUGCUACGCAAGCUGAACAGGAUGACGAUGUGUCAGAUCAAGAGAUCAUUCGUGCCACUGCUGCAAAUGCCUUUGGAGAAGAUCAAGAGCCGGCACAAGAUGAUCUAGCUCCACCGCCACCAACCCACGGAGACGACCUCAACCUUGAAGACUACGAAGCUACUGAAGACCAUGAGGAACUCAUCGCAGGGCUUUCGAAUGUCAAUCUCGGUGUUGAUCAGACUGACAACAAUAACAAACCACAAAUCCCGUUAGAUCUAGGAACUCAGCGAGUAUGGGACAGUGACUUCAACAAAGGCCCGGACAACGCUGAACAUGAAUACAAACAUCCAGAUGAGUUCACAACCAUCAGACCCAGAACACGCUUGGUACAACUUCGGGAGGACCGCAAGAUCGUGGAGAACCCCGAACAUGCGGAAAAUCGAUCAGCCGGCGUGAAAUCGCUAGACGAACUAACCGGGCGACAAGGUCAGGUCUUCCGAGAGGUUCCCAUGGACACAUACGAAAUGCGAGGAGAAAGUCACGACGACUACAAGCAUGCACAGGAGCUGAUGGCAUGGUUUGAUCCAGAUGCUGAAGGUGCUGAACCUCGAGGCGAUCCUUCUCCGGCUGGAUCUGACGACGGUAGCGCGUUGUCAGGCGAAAUUGAUGACGAUGAACUGGAUGCGCUUGCCAAAGAAGUGGAAAAGGAUCAAUUAUAUGAACUGAACAAAGUAUCCAAAAGAUCAGCGCGAGACGUUUCUGAUAGCUCAGAUUCAGAUUCAGAAGCGCCACAGAAAACGCCAGAUGGUCCAGCAACUCCCCAGAAGGAGAGCUUAGGUGCUCGAGCUAGUACUCCGAAGAAAGGCCGGUUUAGAGGUCCAGUCUCAUUUGAUACUGAGGAGGAGGCCGGUUUUGAGAAGAACGAUGUGGAAAAGGUCUUGGACCUUCCGGUAUUCCAGAAGCUGAAGGAGGCCAACGCCACAUCGACAACCCCUUCUCCGGCGCAACCAUCUCCGAUCGCUAGUUCUGGCCUUCCGACUCGUCCGACUACACAAAAGCCACUCAAAACGCCGUCAAUAUUCAGCUCGAAUCCUACUUCCCCAUCUUCGUACUACAGGGCACCACCGCCUUCACAGCUAGCAGGUGGUUUCGCACCGGGAGGUUACGCACGCUCGUAUAACCCAGUCACUUCGCUCAAGAUCAAUGGCAGGUCUCCUUAUGCAGGUGUACCGAGUUUUGAAAGCCCUACUACACCACGCGGUCAAAGUGGUAAUGCAACAUCGCCUCCUCGGAGUCCAAGCUACCCAGCCAUGAAGCUGCCCGACGCUGCACUAUCGAACGCAAGGAGCUUGCUCAAACCGGCAUCCGCCCGCCAUCGUACACAGCCUACAGCAGGCACAUCAACUACAAACUCCCCGCUUGCCUCGCCCGCGUACAUGCCUAUGCAGCCUUCGGCGGGCAUGAGAUCCAAUAAUUUAUCGAUUACUCCUCCAGCUUACGACCCGACACAGCCUGCGGCGGGAUACACUCCAAAGUCAGCGUCAGACUUCCGGGCCCAGUUAUUACCUCUUUCUGGAUUGAGUGUACCACAGAAGUCAUUGCCACAGCUCAGUGCGACAACACAUCCAGGUAGGCCCGCGGCGCAAGACGAAGAUGCGGCUGGAGACCAGAUCUCGCAAACUCCGAGAGGUGACGACAUCAACGACUACGAUAGCGAUGUUGACAGUAUUUACGGUCACGACUAG